AUGAACUUAGCAGGGGUUAAGCACCUUUGCUCCAUUCCGCAGCCCAGCCCCCGAAGCUCCGACGGGGAUGACGGGGAGAUCGACGUCCUGGGAGAGGAGGAAGAUGCGGACGAGGCGGAGGACGAAGAGGACGACGAGGACGGGAGGAAGUGCUUGGCUCUGCGGUCCAGACCAGAGGCCGCCGGGCGCAGAGAGGACGCGCUUCCAGGACAGGGCGCAGGGGGCGGCGGCUUGAGCGUCUCUUCAGGGUUUGGUCGCAAGUUCCGAGCGCCGCAGAAGGCUGCGGCGGCCGCAGCGGACGCCCGGCAGCCGGCCAAGCCCCCGUACUCCUACAUCGCGCUCAUCACCAUGGCUAUACUGCAGAGCCCUCACAAACGCCUCACUCUCAGCGGCAUCUGCGCCUUCAUCAGCGGCCGCUUCCCCUAUUACCGCCGCAAGUUCCCUGCCUGGCAGAACAGCAUCCGCCACAACCUGUCGCUCAACGACUGCUUCGUCAAGAUACCCCGCGAGCCCGGCCAUCCGGGCAAAGGCAACUACUGGAGCCUGGACCCCGCCUCCCAGGACAUGUUCGACAACGGCAGCUUCCUCCGGCGCCGAAAGCGCUUCAAGCGCCACCACCCGCCCCCGGGAGGCCAGCUGCACUACCCUUUCCCUCUGCCCGCGGCGCCUGCCACCCUGCACCGCUCCCACCCCGGCCUCCUGCUCCGGUCCCUCGCCCCGCCGCACGUCCCGGGAACCCAACACUCCGCAGCACUGCUGCACCCGCAUCCUCUGCGCUACCUGCUGCUCUCCGCCCCCGCCUACGCCCAAGCACCUAGGAAAGCGGGCGGCACCUACCUGGCGACCCCCGGCGCCAGCCCCUCGCUGCAGCCCUCGCUGGGCUCCCAGCCUUGGGAGGAGGCGGAGGGCUCUGUGUGCGGGCCAGGAUGUACGUCAUUUAGUAUCGAGAGUGUCAUGCAAGGGGUCAGCGGAGGGGGAGCUGGGGCUGUGCAGAGUCUGACCCCGGCUCCGUGGAGCGACUGCCACCUGCUUCAGCACCCAUCCUGUCUGUUACACCCCCAGUCCGCUGCCCUUUUGCUGCACGUGCCCGCCGCCUCCGGGACGACGCAGCAGCACAGCACCAGCAGCUGCGCUCCGGAUAAAGGUGCGCUGCUGGGCCGGCGCCUGUCUGCGGUCGCCGCGCUGCUGCGGCAUCAGCCUGCAGCUGAGGGCUCCGGGCUGACAGCUCUGGCCGCCCUUUCGAGUCGAGAGGGGACCUUGCCUGCGUUUUGAACAGAUUCCAUCUGGCACACCUGGAGCCUAGUGGCUGGUUGGAACCACCGCUGUCGGGUUUUCACCUGUUGGCUAGUCUGGUGCAUAUAAAACCAGCAGCAGUUCCGAACUGUUAGAACCGCACUCCACUCUUCUGCCCUCUUGAAGACCCCAAGGUGAUAAAAUUCUCCACCAUCAAGUCUCGCUUUUUUCUUUCCGCCUUCACUUGUGACUCCACAGCUUUUCCGAUUUGCACAAUUCCGAGGAACUGUGAGCUAUGGACGUGAGUGGGGAUAUUUUACUCUGUUAAUAAAAAACAAAACCUCUAAGGCAAAAACAACCUCUCCUCCAUUCCCUAGAUCUGCAAGUAUCUGCUCCAGUCAAAAGCAAAACUUCCACCUGCCGGUGACUUCCUGAAGUCCAUGUGUAUAUAUAUAAGUAGAAUCUUAAUUUCGUACAUUUAUUUCUUG